AUGUUGCGGGUUCUUAAACACAACAACAUUGCUGUUAACAGCACUCGCUCAGCUCUUUUAAACAACGCACGACGUACACUCUCGGCUACCGCCACGCGCCGUGAGCAAGUUGAAGUUUUCGUCGAUGGAACUCCCGUUCAAAUCGAAGCCGGCUCUGCAGUUAUCCAAGCUUGUGAGGCUGCAGGAAAGGAUAUUCCUCGUUUCUGUUAUCACGACCGCCUUGCCGUUGCUGGUAACUGCCGUAUGUGUUUGGUUGAGGUGGAACGUGCUCCUAAGCCUGUCGCAUCGUGUGCAUACCCUGUAAUGCCUGGCAUGAAGAUCAAGACUGAUACUCCCAUGGUACACAAGGCUCGUGAAGGUGUUAUGGAAUUCCUGCUGUACAACCAUCCUCUUGAUUGUCCCAUUUGUGACCAGGGUGGUGAAUGUGAUCUUCAAGAUCAAAGCAUGCGUUAUGGUAGUGACCGUGGCCGUUUCCAUGAACCCCGUGGCAAGCGUGCUGUUGAGGACAAGAACUUUGGCCCCUUGAUCAAGACUGAGAUGACUCGUUGUAUUCAAUGCACUCGUUGUGUUCGUUUCGCCAAUGAAGUUGCUGGUGCCCCUGAACUUGGUACAAGCGGUCGUGGCAAUGAUAUGCAAAUCGGCACCUAUAUUGAACGCACCAUCGACUCUGAAAUGUCCGGCAACGUCAUUGAUUUGUGCCCUGUUGGUGCCUUGACCUCCAAGCCCUAUCAAAUGAAGGCUCGUCCUUGGGAACUCAAGAAGUAUGAGACUAUUGAUGUAUCGGAUGCCAUUGGCAGCAACAUUCGCUUGGAUACUCGUGGUGUGGAAGUUAUGCGUAUCUUGCCCCGCAUGAACGAUGAGAUCAAUGAGGAAUGGAUUUCUGACAAGACUCGUUUCUUCUAUGAUGGUCUUAAGGUUCAACGUCUUACCACUCCUUUGAUGCGUGAUGGUGAUCGUUUCAUUCCUGCUUCUUGGGAAAAGGCUCUUGAACGUGUUAGCCAAGAAUUGAGCAAGGCUGAAGGCAACAGCGCUAAGGCUAUCGCUGGUCACUUGGCUGAUGCCGAAUCUAUGGUCGCUUUGAAGGAUUUGUUCAACCGCAUCGGCUCUGAAAACUUGGCUAUUGAUGCUCCCAACGGCUCCAAGCCCCUCGCUAUCAAUGCUGAUUUCCGUUCCAACUAUGUCUUGAACUCGACUAUUGCUGGUGUUGAAGAAGCCGAUGUCGUUUUGCUUGUUGGCACCAACCCUCGUCACGAAGCUCCCAUCCUCAACACUCGUCUUCGUAAGGCUUACCUCCACAACAAUCAAGACUUUGGUUUCAUUGGUGAAGCUGCCGACCUCACUUAUGACUAUGCCCACAUUGGUAACGAUGCCAAGUCUAUUGAAUCUCUCUUGGAUGGCUCGCAUCCUUUCUCCAAGCGUCUCGCUGAAGCUAAGCGCCCCAUGAUCAUUGUUGGCUCUGGUGUUGUUGAAAACAGCAAGGAUGGCGAAUACGUUCUCUCCAAGGUUUCAGAGCUUGCUGAGAAGCACAAGAACACCAUCUUCCAAGAUGAAUGGAACGGUUUCAACGUCUUGCAGCGUGCUGCCAGCAGAACCGCUGCAUAUGAGCUUGGCUUUGUUCCCUCAUCCAAGGAGGCCGCAUCGACACCUGCCAAGUUCUUGUACCUCUUGAACGCUGAUGAGAUCAAUGCUGCUGAUAUUCCAAAGGAUGCUUUCGUUGUCUACCAGGGUCAUCAUGGUGACGUUGGUGCUCAAUAUGCCGAUGUCAUUCUUCCUGGUUCAGCCUUCACUGAAAAGAACGCCACUUACAUGAACACCGAAGGCCGUACACAAAUCACCCGUGCUGGUGUCAAUCCUCCCGCAGCUGCCCGUGAAGAUUGGAAGAUUAUUCGUGCACUUUCCGAAUUGACUGGCAAGACUUUGCCUUAUGAUGACCUCCCAGCUGUCAGAGCUCGUCUCUCUGAAAUCUCACCUGCUCUUACUCGAUACGACGUUGUUGAAACUCCCAGCAUGCAUGAACUCGGUCUCGGCUCAUUGAAGAAGUCCGGUGUCAAGCCCUCUGGUGAAGUUUUGUCUUCUGUCAUCAAGAACUUUUAUCAAACCGAUGCCAUCUCUCGUGCCUCAAGCACAAUGGCCAAAUGUUCCAAGGUGUUUGUUCAAGGCAAAGAUGUAGAUGACGCUCUUGAAAGAGCACACGCUUAG